AUGCAGGCCGAGUUUCGGCCGCCCCGGCGCCGCUGCCGGGUGUACGAGGAGUACGUGGCGCCCCUGCCCGUCAGGAGCCGUAGCUCCCCGGAGAAGGGAAGCGCGUCGAGGCCGACGAGGAGCUAUUUCCGAGCAGACAUCGUCAACGGGCACGUGCUGGUCACGGAUCCAGACCACAUCAGCGACAUUUACAACCAGGGGUAUUUCGGGAAAGGCAUCCUGUCCCGAGCGAGACCCGAGUACACCAUCUUCAACCAGUGGCGGGAUCACCAAGGCUUCCUACUUCCUGUUGUCACAUGCACGAGGUACGAGGAGCUGCUCGGGUGGGCCGAGUCAGCGCUCUUGGCUCAGGGCUCAGCUCGGGAGUCUGUCGACGAAACUCUGUUACGACUACGACAGCCCGUUGGAGAAGACGAGCUGGGGCGGCUAUCGGAGAACGGGAACGGGGCGGAGAACCUCAAUCCGGACCCGGAGACCGAAAGGAACAAGGUCGGUCCCAGCCCGAGCCCUGACGACUCUGACUCUUGCGACGACUCUGACACCGACAACGACUCUGACCGCUCCAGCGACGACGACGACUCAGGCACUUUAGUUCCGGGUCCUGGUUUUGUCCUGGUGCAGUUCGCGUUGUUCCAGGUCGCCGCAGAACCGCCACAACUAAGACGGAAUCCUUUAAGGAUGACAGAAUAUCUCCAACUCAGCCUGGAGGAGGCAUUCUUCCUAGUCUACGCCCUGGGCUGCCUUUCUGUCCACCUGGAGCAGGAGCCGCUGUCCAUCACGCAUCUCUGGAGGCACUUUAUCUCACUGCGUCCGGACUUUGUCAGCUCCUACGCGGCCUACCACCACUUUCGCAGCAGGGGCUGGGUCCCCAAAGGAGGGAGUGGUGCAAAAUACGGAGUGGACAUGGUCUUAUACAGGAAAGGUCCUCCUUUCUACCACUCCAGUUAUUCAGUGGUUGUGGAAAAGGCGGACGAGCGUUUUGAGGGUUCCACACUGCGGCCUUUCUCCUGGCGUUCUCUGGCCACCCUAAGCAGAAUCACCGCUACCGUCUCAAAGGAGCUCCUCCUGUGUUACGUUGUCCAUCCGGUCGAUUUAACGGAAGCUGAACUGGCCUCGCCAGAGUGUCUGAGCCGGCUGAAGAUUCAGGAGGUGGUGGUCAGCAGGUGGGUGUCUUCCAAAGAACGGGCCGAGCAUGAAGACAUCUGA